AGACAAAUGAAUCCAAUAAUAGAUUAGGAACAUUACUUUGAAUGUAUUAGCUCUGUGUUUCUGGAAAUGAUGAGAUCUCAUUAUGCAACAAUCUCUGAAUUCUCCAGCCAUUGUGACUGUUUUCUUUCUUAUGUUUUGUCCGUGGGGACUUUGUUAUUUACAUGCAUUUAUUCCACUGUAGUUUUUAUAUUUUUUAUUAUUGUGCAUAUCAAAAGCAGUCAUAUUAUUUCUGUCUUUUCCAGAAGUCACUUACAGCACAUGAAACAACAAAAUGAUACUCAGGGCUCACAGUUUCUCCUCCUGGGACUUUCAGAAGACCCGGAACUGCAGACCCUUAUAUAUAGGCUCUUCUUCUCCAUGUACCUUGUGACCAUUUUGGGGAAUCUUCUCAUCAUCCUGGCCACAAUCUCAGACUUCCACCUGCACACAGCCAUGUACUUCUUCCUCUCCAACCUGUCCUUCGUGGACAUCUGUCUAUCUUCCACCACCAUCCCAAAGAUGCUGCGGAAUGUUUAUGCACACCACAAGGCCAUAACUUAUGAAGGCUGCAUCAUGCAAAUUUAUUUUUUCACAUUAUUUGUAGGGCUAGAUAACUUCCUUCUGGCUGUAAUGGCUUAUGAUCGCUUUGUGGCCAUCUGUCACCCCCUGCACUACACAAGCAUUAUGACACCUCAGCUCUGUGUGUCACUAGUUCUGGUGUCUUGGAUCACAAGUUCCCUGAAUUCCUCACUACAAGGCUUCAUGGUCCUGCAGCUUUCUUUCUGUGCUAAUGUGGAAAUUCCACAUUUUUUCUGUGAACUUAGCAUGUUGGUUCACCUUGCCUGUUCUGACACCUUUGUAAAUGAUAUGGUAAUGAAUGUUUUAGCUGCACUCUUGGGUGGUGGUUGUCUCACCGGCAUCCUUUACUCUUAUGCCAAGAUAGUGUCCUCUAUACGUGCAAUCUCCUCAGCGCAGGGGAAGUACAAAGCUUUUUCCACCUGUGCAGCUCACCUUUCUGUUGUCUCUUUAUUCUAUUGUACCCUUCUGGGAGUGUACCUCAGUUCUGCUGUGUCCCAAAACUCACACUCCACUGCAGUAGCUUCAUUGAUGUAUACAGUAGUCACCCCCAUGCUGAACCCCUUCAUCUAUAGUCUAAGGAACAAUGACAUCAAGAGAGCGCUGAAGAAGAACUUUGUGAGAGAGAAAUUAGAAAAGUGAGUACUGUAUUGGGCCUUAAGUUUUAAAAUAAGAAAUUCCAAUUUAAGGUCUGAAGAGUUUGAAAUAUCUUCUCUGACUCUUGGACUUGUACACCAAUCCCACUGCCUAGACUGAGAGAUCAUUUUGGAAAAUGGGAUGAAAGAGUUUAAGAGCCUGAGGCAGUGGGUAACUACAAGGGGGACAUUGUCUUCUAGACCCAGCAGGACAUCUGUUUAUAUGAACUCAAAGAAGUUGCAACAUGAUGCACAAAAUAUGUCCAAAUCCAAGCCAGACAAACCCAAGCACAGAAAGGGAAAGUGGCACACAAUUCCAGCCCACAUAGUGUAGUUAUUUUAGCUGCUUGAAGGAGAGACAGUUUUCUCUAAGAGUGUAGACCCUGGUAUUUUGAUCACUCUCCAGUGGAAAGCCACACAUGUAAGAGUAUUGGAGCAGCACAAAUUAGUCCCAAAAUAUUUAAAAAUAAAAGAACACAAAUGUGGAUGGAUAUGGACUGGGUAGGUAGAUGUGAAGAGCUGAAGAAGGGGCUCAUAUGGCCAAAGCACAUAUGAAAGUCCCAAAGAACUAAUAGAAGAGAAAUCCCAUUUUUGGGUACAAUGACAGAAGCAGGGGUUGUUACUUUAAGGUAUUUUCAGUAGUUUCCAUUUAUUUGAUUUCAAAUUUUCUAUUAAGUCGGUAAUUAUCCUGUAAGCAUACUGUUUCUCCCAGUACCUAGUUUUCCCUUUUACAACUUUCAGACUUUCUCAACCCUGUUUUCAGUCACAAAUAACACAUAUUUUUAAAGAUCCCCAUUUAUGUCAUACAUGAAUUUCUUUUUAAAAAUGAUCUUCAUUUUAAAAUUAGUAUAAAAGAUAUAUUAUGGCAUGUUGAAGCCAAGUGUGUUUCAACAGAAUUUUCCUUCCCAUUUCUCCCGCCCACUGUCACCUCUAACAGACCAUGUAACCCCCCUCAGUCUCUCCCGCUUUCAUGUUGCACAUGUCCUUUAACAUGUCCCCAUCUUUCCUCAGAAUCUCUUUUUACCAUCUCUGGAUCUCCUUUUACUAAUAAAUAAUUUAUAUGAAUACCAUGGAAAACAAAGUGAUUUUUCUUGUGGUUACUAACACAAGGUCUUGUGCUGGGCUUCUGCUCUGUCCUCCUUCCACUCAGGGGAACUCACAUCCGACACCAAGGGCCAUCUGCAAAGUCGUGGAUGACAGCUGAGGUUGUGAAGGUCCUUCCUGCAUCUUUUCCUGACUCAGCAUCUUCUAACAGGCUUCUGUGCUUUAUAUUUUAGCAAGGAAUUUUUUUUUAUUUUCAUGCCAAUUUUGUUCUCUUCUUCAGUUCUGCAUCCACAAACCUUCACCAUUGUUAUUGGGAUACAUCUAUUAUCAAACACAUAUAAUGAGAAAAACACAUUUUUAGUAAAUUGAUUUCCUUGACCUCUGAAUGGUAGUGGACAUUAUACAAAAUGAUAUAAAUACAUUCAUCAUACAUUCAAUCACUAUGGAAAUAUUUCUUUGUCAUACAAUAAAUAUAUUCAUUGAGAUAUAAGAGAGUUCUGCCAUAUUAAAAUAACUACUCUGAAUACUGAUUGAUACAUUUAAAAAUAUUUACCUUUGUCUGUGUGUGCCUAUGUAUGGGCUUGUGUACAUGACUGCAUCGGCCAAAGCUACGAGAUGGUUUCAGGUCUCCUGGAGCUGGGGCUCUGGGAAGUUGUGAAUCUCCUGAAUUUAGUACUGGUCCUCUGGAAGAGUGACAAGUGACCUAAACAGCUGAGCCAUCUCUCAGCCUCUGACUGACAUAUUUAUUCUAUUGUUAUUAUUAAAGUUAGUAUUUUGGUUUUUUUUCUAGAACUUCCAUUUUUCCAGAAACCUGAUUGCUCUCAAGUUACAAGUAAGAGGGGUAAUUUAUUAUAUGUCUUCUUUAUGCUCACAAGUCACUUUUGCCAUCAUGAUAAAAAUUUGU